GUUGGAGCCUUCUCCUAUCCUUUCUCUCUGUGUCGCGGCGUUGGGUUGGAGCCGCUAUCCCUGGUCUGGCACGUUCCCUUAAUUUUUUGUGUUAAAUUUGAUGCCCCCCUUUUAUUUAGAUUCGACCAGUUGCGACGGCAUUUAAAAUACAUACACGGGCAUCUCCGUACCGGUGUUUCUUUUUUAUAAGCAUUUGUCAAAUAUACCAUUUAUCCUGUAAAAUGGCGGUGUUAAGCGGGUCGUCUGGGCCGGUUGCCCGGCUUGAGGGCCGUGAAUUCGAAUACUUGAUGAAAAAGCGCUCGGCGACUAUCGGUAGGAACUCGUCUCAGGGCUCGGUGGAUGUGAGCAUGGGUCAUUCCAGUUUUAUUUCUCGAAGACAUCUCGAAAUAUUUACUGUUAGUGACGAUAGCACUGGUGGUGGAGACUUCUACUUGCGAUGCCUCGGCAAAAAUGGGGUGUUCGUGGAUGGAGUGUUCCUCAGACGGGGUGCCCCUCCUCUACAACUACCACGAAUGUGCACUUUCAGGUUUCCCAGCACAAAUAUCAAGAUCACAUUCACAGCCCUGUCCAGUGGAAAGAGGGAGAAGCGUGAGGCGCCUGAGUCUCCAGUAAAACCAGUCCACAUCUCUCCACUCACCAUAAACAUUCCAGACAACAUCGCCCACCUCAUAAGCCCUCUGCCCUCACCCACUGGCACCAUCAGUGCUGCCAACUCGUGCCCCUCCAGUCCCAGGGGAGCGGGCUUUUCCGGCUACAGGAUGGGUCGCAUCGUCAGCUCUGCAGAGCUACAGCUCAUAAACGACAACUCCCAGUCAGAGAACGACAAGGAGGCCUCAGGAGGGGACAGCCCCAAGGAUGAUUCCAAACCGCCAUACUCAUAUGCACAACUGAUUGUCCAAGCCAUUACAAUGGCACAGGACAAGCAGCUCACACUAAAUGGAAUAUACACUCACAUCACCAAAAACUACCCCUACUACAGGACUGCAGACAAAGGCUGGCAGAACUCGAUCCGUCACAAUCUGUCACUGAACCGCUACUUUAUUAAAGUAGCCAGAUCGCAGGAGGAACCAGGCAAGGGCUCGUUCUGGAGGAUAGACCCGUCCUCAGAGGGCAAGCUCAUGGAGCAGGCCUUCAGGAAACGAAGGCCGCGGGGUGUGCCCUGCUUCAGGACCCCCCUCGGACCCCUCUCCUCCAGGAGUGCCCCAGUCUCCCCUAAUCACUCUGGGGUGCUCUCGGCCCACUCGAGUGGGGUGCAGACCCCUGACAGCCUAUCCCGAGAGGGUUCCCCUGUCCCCAUGGAACCAGAGCCCGCUCCGGCCCUGCCCCCUGGCACGGCAGUCCAGCCCAAACUAGCUGUCAUCCAGGAGGCCCGCUUUGCACAGAGUACACCAGGCUCCCCUCUCAACAGCCAGCCGGUGCUCAUCACAGUUCAGCGUCAGUUACCUCAGACCAUAAAGCCGGUGACCUAUGCCAUGGCAACGCCUGUGACUACCAGCACCAACCAGAACCAGCAGCCCGUCAUGCAGACGGUGCACGUUGUCCACCAGAUCCCUGCCAUGUCUGUCACUAGCGUGGCCGGGCUCAGCACCGCCAACACCUACACAGUGGCCACCCCCACCAUGGUCACCCUCCAGACUGAGCCCCAGGAGAACGGAGACUACUCAGAGGCCAAAGUAAAAGUAGAAUCUGUUCCAACCAUCUCCCACGCCUCUAUGGUCGGUGGCAGUCGCAUCAUCCAGACGACCCAGUCGGCCACGCCCUUUAAGACGCUGACCUUAGUGCAGCAGCAGCCGGCCCUGGGCCAGCACCAGCUCCCCAUAAAGACCAUCGCUCAGAACGGCACCCACCUGAUGCCAAUGCAGGCCGCUGCAGCCACAGCUGUUGCGAGUCCUCUCCACUUGCUGGCCACUCACGCCUCUGCUUCAGCCUCCCUCCCGACCAAACGACAGAACGGAGCCCAGACGGCCAGCGAUCAGCCCAACGCUAAGCGCAUCAAAACAGAGGGGGCCAGCGCCACCCCCACCGCAACACGCGUAGCAGAUACGGACUCGUCGGCAGCCAAUGACCAAGCCAGCCACCACAACUAGUCUUCUACAACACCACCAUCUUGUUCUUUUCUCCUUUCCUACCAUUUAUUUCCCCCUUCUUCCAUUGACUCCCAAGGUGCCAAAAGGAGAGGAUUUUCAGUUGGUUUAACCAUUGUAGAGGAAUGGAAAAUAUUGACCACCCCUUUAAAAAAUAAAAAAAAAAGACUGAAGAGAAUAUUUAGUUGAGAUUUGAAAAAAGGACCACUAGGACAAAGUAGAACUCUAAUUUGAAGGUCCCCUGUGAGACAUCGCCACGGAGGAGGAUGACGACUACUCCAAGACCACAGGAAGCCUUAACAACAAUUAACCUUUAACAUGAUGAGCUGAACUUUGACCACCUGCAGCGAGCAGUUUAACUGAGGCCCAUGUUAGCCCGGCGGUCGCACGGUACCUCUGUCUCAACUACCUCAGUGCAGAUUGGGGGCCACGGUCAAGGGCACCACUCAACGGACCCAUGGGAUGACUGGACGAAGUGACCAACUAGCAGCAUGAGAAGCAUUUGACCCAAACAUGACAAUUCCUGGACCUUUGGCAGCUAGCCUUUCAUAUACUGACCUAGCCUUACUGCUGCUGUAAGUAGAAAUGCAGUAUUUUGUUCAUAUGUGGACCAUAGGAUCUGUUUUGGAUGUAUUUUCAUUUAUAUAGGUUAAAAAAAGUGCUAAUAAUUGAAAUAAAGAAAGCAUUACAGCAGUGGGGUCUGACAUUUCAAUCACUCCACCUGAACUUCAACAUUCUCGCUGUUACUUUGUAUGUGGACUUUUUUUCUGUUCAGUGUCGUUUCUUUUCACAAUUCUAUCAAUGGAGUGUCCCCCCCCUCCGUCAUGUGUGUGUGUGUGUCCCCCCCUCCGUCAUGUGUGUGUGUGUGUCCCCCCCCUGUCAAAUCCACGUUCUGUCAUAUCCAAAUCCAUUUCCUUUGUUACACUUACAUAUUUUCAUACUUGCACAGAUAACCAGUAAGAUAUAAACAUAUUAAUUCCAUGUGUAGUUGGUCAGAUGCCUCCUCAUCGAGCUUUCAUGUAACAGACUACAGAAAAGUACCCGAGCCGUUAACGCUUGAAUCCUUAGUUGAAACUGUACCAAAAGUGGUCACUCCGCCUGUGUUUGGUCAAAAGCUGAGGGAUGGGCCUGGAGAAAUGUAACCACUCUCAGAUUGACAUCAAGGACUGAUUAUCCAUGAUAUCAGAAUUGUGGUUUUAACCAUGUUUUGAGACUAUACCGUGCUUUACAUUUACAUUGUUUACAAACAUUGGCGUAAGAACAAGUUUAUAUUUUGAUGGGGUACGAGAGUUGAAGUAAGCUCAUUAGGCGUUUAAGUUAUUAUUCAAGAUUAGAUGGGUAUAUAUCAUUUAUUUAAGUCAGAAAAUGGAUGUAGCAACUAAGGAUUCUAGCUUUAACUGUACAUUUAACAGAAGAAAAGAGCUGCUUAAAACCAGACUACAUCUGCAGUUGGUAAAAUGUUUUUUUUGUUCUUAUCCUUGGCUGUGGUGACUUCGGUGUGUGGACAGACCCUUUGCUUGAUUAUUGAAUUCUGUUCCAACAACCUGACGAGUCUGUCUUCAGAUGGUAUAUGUUCCAAACUAAAGAAGAUACAAGUGAUGGAUAUUUGUUCCGCUUCAGUGGAUAAAUGCUUUUUUUUAUUUUAUAUAAAUUAAUUUAAAACCUU